UCUCUUAUAAAUCGGCCCCCACAUCGAACAGUCGGAUCCCAGAGACAAUCCGAAGACGAGGCGUUUCCACUCGCUGUCUCGUGUGCUGUACCUUCCUGGCCGGCUCCUGGUGCACUUCCCCUUGUUUGGAGUACGGACGAAAAUCGCAAAACGUACAGUUUCCCAGGUCACUGGAUCAUGGGAGCAGAGAAAAUUCCUGAAACGAAGAUCAAAAGAUAACGAACGCGAGGAAUAUGACGACAAAUGGACAUUUUAAUAGUCGGGAGUCAUGAAAUGGAUGUUACCCUGUACCAGAAACUGUGUGUUACCAUCAAGGACACUUGCGGUCUCGGGAUGUCCCAUAUAACUGCGCUAAACUCCGAUUAGGCAGAUGUAUGGGGCGCGUGCUCUGGAACAAAGGGGAAAACAAAGUUUGAUGUGAUUUGUUAAUUUGGUUUGUUACAACAGACAUUUCACAGUCAUCAGUUGUUACAGUUGAUGCUUUUUGCUGGAGGAAAUAAAAGCACUGAAGGUUAAUGCAAGACCUUUAUAGGUUUAUACUAUUGCAUUGCCAUUCUCAAAUGAACAACUAGCUUUUGAUGCUGUUUUGAAAAAAAAAAAAGUGUGAUGCUGGACUCUCCAAAGCACAAAUAUUCUUGCCUGACUGCAUUCUGAAGCCUAGGGAGCUAUACAAGUAACUGAGAAUAAAUCAGAAUAUAUUGUCUUUGAAGAGAAGGAGAAAAGAAAAAAACAUGGCAGUUGAAGGCAGAAUAACAAUUCUUGAUGUUGGACUGAUUGCCAUGGUGGUUCUUCUGGGUCCUGUGGCUGCUGCACAGAGCGAGCAGAGGGUGUGUGCAUACUUAGAACAGACAGAAGGAGAUGGGCAAGUCUUUCGUGAGAACUCCACCAUUCGCUGUAAUCAUGGAGGUCACUGCUUUGGACUCUGGGUGAAAAAGAAAAAUGAAAUUCUGCUAGAGAAGCAAGGUUGCUGGACAAAUUUGGGUGGCCAUCAGAAGUGCUAUGACCGUUGCGUGGUGACCAACCAACCGACGGCGAUCCAGAAUGGAACAUAUCGAUUCUGCUGCUGCAACAAAGACAUGUGCAAUCUGAACUUCACUGAAGAAUUCCCAACUCCUUCCCCGACCACUGCACAGCCUCUGUAUUCCCGUCAACUUUACAGAGAGGAAGUCAUAGUUGUCGCCUUAGCAACUGUGUUCAUGGUUGCUGUCCUUGUCAUUCUUCUAUUUUUCGGCUACCGCAUGCUAAGAGGACGUGGUAAACACUCUCAGCAUACCUUGGAUAUUCCAGAGACUGCACUUUCCCCUCCUUCUCUGGAUUUGGACAACCUAGUACUGCUGGAGCUGAUUGGCCGGGGCCGGUAUGGAACAGUAUAUCAUGGCUUGCUUGAUGACCGAUCUGUGGCAGUGAAAGUUUUCGUUUCUGCUAACCGGCAGCAGUUUACUAAUGAGCGUAUGAUUUAUCGCCUCCUCCUGGAUCAUGAGAAUGUAGCGCGCUUCUUAGAGAGUGAGGAACGUGUCGGUACAGAAGGCCGGACAGAGUUUCUCCUCUUGCUGGAGUUUUACCCACAUGGCUCUCUGUGCACGUAUUUGAGCGGGCGGACUGUGGACUGGCUAAGCUGCUGUCGUUUGGCUCUGUCUGUCACCAGAGGGUUGGCGUACCUGCACACAGAAAUACAGAGAGGGGAUGUGUAUAAACCAGCCGUGUCUCACCGGGAUCUGAACAGUAGGAAUGUGCUGGUGAAGACAGAUGGCUCGUGUGUGAUCAGUGAUUUUGGACUUUCCAUGAUUGUGUCGGGAAAGAGACCGCCUGGGCAUGGAGAAGAGGACAACAGUGCCAUCAGUGAGGUGGGUACAGUGCGAUACAUGGCUCCAGAAGUGCUAGAAGGGGCAGUGAAUCUAAAGGAUUGUGAGUCUGCGCUGAAACAAGUGGAUGUUUAUGCACUGGGUCUGCUUUACUGGGAGACAUUCAUGCGGUGUGCGGACCUCUUCCCAGGUGAAACAGUUCCAGCGUUUCAGAUGGCAUUUCAGGCAGAGGUGGGCAAUCACCCUACUAUAGAAGACAUGCAGGCACUUGUGUCUCGAGAAAAAGAAAGGCCCAAAUUCCCAGAGGCCUGGAAAGAGAAUAGUCUGACGGUGCACUCUCUGAAAGAGACGAUAGAAGACUGCUGGGAUCAGGAUGCUGAAGCCCGACUGACGGCUCAGUGUGCAGAGGAGAGACUUGCUGAAUUGCUCCUUAUCUGGGACAGGGAAAAAUCAGUCAGUCCUGCUCUCAACCCCAGCACUGCACUGUUUAACCACAGGAACUUCUCGACUGGAAGACAGACCCCUAAAGUGGGUUCUUUCCUUGAACACUCAUCUACAAACACUGAAGGCCACAGUGUUGCUGAUAAACCCCUCCACAAUGACACCUCAGUCGACCCGCCCUCAGUGGGAGGGUCUAACCCUGCAGAGAAGAACAGGAACUGCAUCAACUAUGAGCGGCAGCAGGCCCAAUCACGACAGUCUAGCACGGAAAGCUCCACCCACACUCCAAUCUCAGAGUCCUCACAGCCUCCACCAGUGGGGAGCAGUGGCCCUCCCUGUGCUCAGCUGACCCGGGAAGACCUGGAGAUACCAAAACUUGACCCAAGUGAAGUCCAAAGGAACUUGAGGGAGAGCUCAGACGAGAGCCUGAUGGAACAUUCGCAGAAACAGUUCUGCUCUCCGGAAACAGCAACCUCACAUGGCCCGUUCUACCCCCUCAUGAAGAUGGCUUCCGAGGUUUCAGGAUCUCAGGGUUCUGGUCGGCAUGUUGACGCCCCUAUAACCAUCCUACCUAAGCAGCAGAAUGUCCCUAAGAGGCCGAGUAGCUUAAGUCUCCAUGCUAAGUCUUCUGGGAAAACACCUACCAUGUCAUCUUCAUCACUACGGAUGAAGUUUGGGAAACUCGGAAAGUCGAAUCUGAAAAAAGUUGAGAUGGGUGUGGCUAAAGCCAGUGCAGCGAGCAUGGCACAUGAGCCCAGGCCGAUUACCGGUGCCAACAAUGAUGCUGUUGCAGCAGUGAGUAAAUAUGCGACCGGAGCAGCACCCGAGUCAGCAGGAAGUGCAGCCAAUGCCGCUGAUGUCCGUUGGAAGGGCGCCAUGAGUUCAGAGGACCUGAACUUCGGCCUCUUGAACACUAGCCCUGAUGAGCAGGAGCCUCUUCUGAGAAGAGAGGCGCAUCCAGACAAUGCAAACAACAACAACAGCAAUAACAACAAUGGCGAGGGAGAUGACGAGGGAGACAAUGAGGGUGGAGGAGAGGGGGGAGAGAACAGUGAGAGUGUUGGUCCAACAGGGGACGCUCCGUCGGCUUCUACCGUGGAGCCUGUUGCACUGCCCGACCCAUGUCCUGCCCCAACAUUGGUUCCUCCACAGGCCCAAACCCAAGCUCAGACACACGGAGAGGCCCUGCUCAGACAGAACCGUGUGCGCAGACCCGAGAGACCCAACUCACUGGAUUUGUCCAUCACCACACUGCCAUUACUAGGAGGCAAGUCUGCCGAUGACGUGACAGAGGGAUCAGGAGAUAAAAUCAAGAAGCGAGUGAAGACGCCUUACGCUCUGAAGAAGUGGCGUCCUGCCAGCUGGGUUAUCACCACGGAUACACUGGAUGCUGAAGUCAACAACAACAGACGUCAUGGAGGGCCCGGUCAGAAUCAGGCCGGUACCAGCAGACCUAAAUCAGCCUCUGCCGUGUAUCUAGGUAGUCGGGGAGGAUCUCGCUUCUCAGAUCCCAAUGACUGUGACUUCUGAAUUUUGACCUCACUUUGAUCUUCUAAAAAAUGUAAAAUCAAACUCUAUAGCUCUAAAAAGUCUAAAAAGGCUGUGGAGACAAGUGUGGAUUGAACCAUAUACAGGUCUUCAAUUUAACCCCAGUUGUAAGCACAGUAAGUAUCUUAGUGGAUUUACAUUAGAAAGAGCUAUGCAGCCAUCUUUUAGUUACAUUUUUUUUUUUUUUUUUUUUAUUAAGCCGCUUUUUGGUUGCACUUUUUUGCUUUUGCUUGAAGUUAAUUAUUUUGACCAUAUGAAAUGGUCCCUAAUAUUAAACCAGUGUAAAUGUAGUUAAUCACAUUAACAAAUUCUUAAAGUAUUGGAAAUUUAUAUAGUCAAUAUUAAUUCUUAGUUAUGCUCAUCUUUAAAGUAUUUCAGUGCUCUCUGAGAGUGUAACCUCUUUAAAAAUUAUAUUAAUAAAUAUAUAUAUAUAUAUAAAAAACAUGAAAAUUCAUCAAUCAGAAUUUGUGGGAACCCUGUUAUAAGAUUAUAGGGUUACUCAUUAACACACAUUUUAAUCAUUUCAUUUGUAAGGUUACAAAGCUUUAAUUUUUGCCCAUGCAUACCUGCAAAAUAUGUUUACAUUCUCUAAUAUUUUCUCAUGCACAGUUUCUUGCAGCUUUGAGAUUUAUGAGACAAUAUUACUGAAGUUCCAUGACUGUGUUCACAGCAUCUGAUAUUAUGAUAAGUGCUGUUGUGUGUGCAAAAUAACAGCAGGCGUCCCUUUCUGAGGUCUGAAAGAAGGCAACAGACUAUAAAAAAGCAAUUCAACAGAUUUCACUGUGGUGGCACUGUAUAUCUCUCAGCAUCAGACACUCAAAACAAUAUUUAGAAAUGGUGUGACUACAUAGACCAAGGCAGCAUCUGAUAUGAUCAGAUGCAGGAGUCACACUUCUCGCUUUCUGGAUAAGCUUUACCUACAAGACAAAUCUGCACUUGGUCUGGUGUACUGACUGUUCUGGAUCCUGUUAAACUGUCUAAUGAUGCUUUGGACCUACUUGUUAUUUACUGUACUUAUUUUUCUAUGUGUGAGUGAGUGUGCAUGAGUGCACAAGAUCAGUUCUCCGUGUGUUUGUUGCUGUGGCUUUGUGUCUUGUCUUUAGUCGUGUGAAUGGUUUUUGUGCUGCAUGUUUGUAUCUAUUCCUAUGGGGAUGUGCAUCUUCAUACGCACUUACCUGUUCCAAUCAUUUAAUGAACAAGCAGUCAACAAAGGGCAAAGGUUUAAUCAGUUAGAAACCUGAGAACAGUCUUUUUUUCAAAGCACAGCACACAAGAUCAGCAUUUUACGCUAUGCACAAAGACAUGAAGCAAGCAGCUCUGGUUUGAAAUCAAACCUUCUUGUGUUACUAAACUGAUCUGGCAUGUCAGUGAUAAUGAACAGGAUGCUGUUAUUAAAAUCGUAUAAACAGAGUCCCAUAUUAUCCUCACCUGAACUGACUGUUGCAUGUCUUAAAUGCAUCUUAAAGAGCACAAGAUACUUUCAGCUGUGACCCUAGUGUGUUUAUGCACACGUAUGUGUGUGUGUGUCUAUGCAUGUAUGUGUGAACGGGUGUUUGUAUGAUGUUAUUCUCCUGUUAACACAAUCGUUGUAAUCAUAGUGACGUGAUCAAUCAUUUUAUUACCCCUUGCUGAGACAUUUUGAAAAUUGUGAUUUGUAUAAGAAGGUGCAGACUGUAAAAGUGUAUUGUUAUUUGCAGAUUUAAAUUAAAUUAUGCUUUGCAUUUG